AUGUGUUUUUGGAAAGCACGGCAUAUUAACGUGAGAGGAUCACAAGCACCGUCGCCAGAGCGGCUCUGGGCACUUCACAAUCUGGGGCAGGAGAUCUCGCUGAAAGAGGCGACGAAGACAGAUGGGCAGAUGUUUGGAGAAGGUUGCUACGACUGCUACGACUACGACGCUCUCGAGGUGCUCGAGUUGCUUCAGGGCUUGAUUCGCACCCGACUCAGUCUCCAGCCUUCCCUGAAUGCGAGUCAGUCCCCCGUGAGCUGUCUCCAAAUCACCUCGCUGGAAGAGGAUCAAUCCGAGAUUGUACAGACUGAUGAGUGUACAACGGUGUUCCUCGCCCAACUCGCUGGAACCCAGCUCAACGGCUUUCGUCAUCAAGUCAAGGGCCUCAUUAUCACGGAACCAAACGGUCGAGAACGGAUGUUGUUGUUCCGGUCAGUCGGACACCGCGCGAACCCGCUGCGAGUCCGCAGUACAACAUCCAUGCCGACCGAAGGUACUCCGAUGACUAAGAAUCCACCGGCCACGCCAUCGACCACAGGUCCUGUGCCCAUGCGACAUCACUACACACUAAAAGUACACACAGCACCGCCCCGACAGGGUGACGUCGGUUGCAAACAGCUAAAGCAACGCAGGAGUGACGAUCAAGGACCACCGACCCGGUACUUGCGACGAUGGUACUCGAUCAGUACUUCGUAUCUCGUCGAAUCUGAUGGAGGGUACCUGGGUCUCGGCCCUGACUCUCGGGGGGCCCAGGCAAAACGUACCAACAAUCCUCAAGCCCGAAAUCUUAAUGCGAGGCUGAGCUUCAAAACGCUCAAACCUUCUUCACGACACAACGCAAACCAGGCAGACGUUUCCUCCAAUCCUUUCAGCCACCUUCAAUCCCCGGUCCCUCGCUUGACCAUUCAUUCCCCCUUACAUCGACUCCAGACUCGUCAUUCUACGAACAUUUCGUUCAUAACUUUCGCUUCUGCCCCGUACAAAACAAUACUAUCGCUCCAUAUUGCUGGUUUGUCGACAACCGGAGAAGACGGCGGCUCGUUCACUCAUCGUCAACGGACAACGACGGAAACACCUCACCCAUCGCAUCGUCCCCGUAUCUUUCUCCUCAACCCCUCACAUCAACUACAAACAUCGAAUAUCAACCUGCUUCCUCCAUCUACCGUCUCCGUCUCCGCCGCCACCAUGACCCACGGCAUCAAGGCUCGCUCGCUGAGCUCCCUCAAUUUCCUUGCCGCCAAUCCUCCGCAGUACCCUGUCAACCCGACCGAAGAAAAGCAGGAGCCCCUCAUUCUCUACAUUGCCCGUGUCCCUGGCGGUCAAGAUGUAUUUCUUACCCCUUCGAAACCCCAGCUCAAGAAUGUCACGUCGGAGGAUGUCAAUAACUCGUUCUACUACAUUCACCUCGAGCAACCUGGCGAAUCGCCCCUGCCAUCUCCACCCUCCCGUGGUGCAGACACCCCCAGAUCCAGCUUCGACGACAGCGGCCGCGUCGUUCCUGACCGGAUUCCACGAAAACCUUUGCCGCCCGGGGCGAAGGUCAUUCCGUCAGGGAGCACCACCACGACCAUCGCCAGCCCGAAGGAUGAAGUCUCUCCACCGCCAAAACCACCGCGGCACAGGGGGCAGCAGCUGCCGCAUCAGGAGAACCAGGCAGAACCGUGGCAUCGAGGGAACCAUGAGCAACUGAAGGGGCAGCAGCAGCACGAGAAACAAUACUUACACCCGCCUCACCCGAGACCCUGGAGUGCACAAGCCGAACCCCCGAGGCAGACGACGAGUGACGGACGUCCGAGACCCCAGAGCGCACAGUCACUCAGAUGGUCAGGAGACGGGAAGAAUUUCUACUCGGUCGAAGAUCCUCCCGACCUCCCGACCAGUCCCAGAUCACCUGGCAGGCCCCUUGGGCCACGACCCCCACCUACUCAGCGCAUGUCGGCCUCGGAUCAUGACAUCCUGCGAUCAAGGGCACCACCUCUCCAACCACACGGCGAACCGAACGUUGAACCGUUCGUUAGCGCCUCUGCUCCGCGACGCCUACCGCCACGCCCCGCCGCUCGGUCUCGCCCUACGUCCCGUUCCCCGUCUCCCGUCCGGUUCCACAACUCCGUCGCCGUCCCUUACACCCUCCAACUCAUCCGCCGCGACCUGGCCACAGGUCACCAAUGGAACGUCGCCAGCAUCACCUCGUCCCGGCUCGAGUCGUCCCUCGACGACGAGUACGAGUACACCGAUUUCGACACGGCCGGCCUGGGCACCCAAGAUCGCCGCCGCACAACGAGCGCCCCGCAGCCCGAAAUCGACAUCACCGUUCAGACGUCCGGGUAUGCCAAGUUCAGGGGCAUGCCAAGUCGUAAAGGGGCUGAAGCCGCGAAACUGUCUAUCGUCGGUGGCGCCGGCUCGGGCGGAAGCCAUGUCUCGCUCCCCCCUCCGGGUCCAUCGGCAUCCGGGGCAGACGAAGUGGGCAGCGUCCGCAGCGUCCGCAGCGGCCAGCCGGGAUUCGGAACUGGGUUCUUUCAUAGGCGGCUCGUCAUGACCUAUACAAAGACUUGGGCCGCCGGACUUCGCGAGAAGCUUUCCACGAUCAACAGCACCGAAGACGGGGACAACCAGCAGCAGGCGGAGCAGGCGGAGCAGCCAUGGCGCCGGGGACACGAGCGAAAUGCUAGCAGCAUCUCGGCGACGUCAUACGAAUCCGUGCAAUCGCACGACGACCCGUCCACGAAUGCAGACUCGGGAGGCAACAACAUCAUCACGGCACCGGGCCACGGCCUUCGCCCGAAGGGAUACAUGUUCACCUCCCCCUGGCACGGCACGUGUUGCUUCCGCACCGGCAACGGCGGCCGUAGCCUCAAGCUCCGCCACUCCCUCUCGGACUGCAAUCCCACCUCGGCGCAACACGCCAGCAGCAGGGGUGCUACCGUGGACGUGAGCGAACUCCGGUUUAAUCUGCCGGGGAGGGAGCUCUUCUCCUCGAAAACCAAGGACAAGGCGGGUCACCUUGGGCGUCUCAUCCGCGGGGGCAGGAGCAGAGACGGUGAUGACGAUGAAGACGAUGACGAGCCUUGGGAUCCCACUAGCCUGGGUAGGGAGAAGGCUGGUGGAGGGAAUCGCGGGAAGCGCGCCAAGCUUGGAAAGCUGAUUAUCUACCCCGAGGGCCUGAAGAUGCUCGACUUGGUGGUGGCGGCAAAUAUGGGCGUGUGGUGGGGAGCCUGGGAAAGGAGUUUCUAG